CCCUCUGCUACGACGAUACCGGCUCUGAUGAAUACUUGAGUAACUCAGAUAGCUAUAUUGAUAAAUCUGAUUUGGGAUCAGAUGAUUAUAAUAACUACAAGUCUAAUUAUGAGUUCGAUAAUGAAGAAGCUUCCUGCGCUUCAACCAGCACUACCAAAGCUAUAAAAGAUUGA